AUGUUGCCUGGACCUAACAAGAAUCCAGCGUUCCUACAACUCUAUAUACACGAUACUGCAAAUGAGAUUUCCAAUCGAGUGGCUGCUUAUGGGAGUACCGGUUCGACGGAGAAAAUCAAACGACAGAUUGUUGAAAUCUUGAAGAAUAUGUUGGAUGCUAAUAAUUGUUAUGUAGGUGCCUUUCGAUCAGCACGUGAGAGACUAGAAGUUGCUGGUGCUGGUCGGCCUAUGAGGUUGGUUCUCGCAAGCGGAAGGUCUACAGAUGGUAGAACAUAUAAUCUUCCAACUGAAAAUGAUGUAGCAGCUUUGAUUCCUGGGGAUUUUGAAAAAUCAAUGGAAAACAGAAACAUUAUCCUUGAGAGUAGUACCGGGAAAUUACAAAGAAUAAGUGAACUGCAUCCAGCUUAUUUGCCCUUACAAUAUCCGUUGCUGUUUCCCUUUGGUGAGGAUGGUUUUAGAUUGGGCAUAGACAUCGGUUUCCUUGAUAAGAAAGGGAGGAAAAGAAAAACGAUAACCAUGCGUGAGUUUUUUGCGUUCCGUAUACAAGAGAGGUUUGGUGAAUCACCGAUCAUUUUAAUGUCUGGAAGAUUGUUUCAACAGUUUUUAGUUGAUGCAUACACUAUGAUAGAAUCAAAUAGACUUCGCUACAUUUGGUUGAAUCAGAAGAAUCUCCGAUGUGAACACUAUGAUAAGAUUGUUGAUGCUGUGGGCAAAGGAAAAGGUGAUCUAUCUGAACAGGGUAAGAGGAUCUACAUACCAUCUUCUUUUAGAGGAGGUAAAAGGUACAUGAUGCAACACUACUUGGAUGCUAUGGCCACAUGCAAGUAUUAUGGUUACCCAGAUUUUUUUAUAACAAUAACUUGCAAUCCCAAGUGGCCAGAGAUAACACGAUAUCUGCAGAAACAUGAUUUGAAAACAGAAGAUCGUCCGGAUAUUUGUUGUCGUGUUUUUAAGAUGAAGCUUGACAAUCUGGUUGAUUAUUUGAUGACGGGAACAGUCUUAGGUGCAAUCAAUUCUGUGAUGUAUACGAUAGAGUUUCAGAAGCGAGGUUUGCCCCAUGCUCAUAUGGUAGUUUUCUUGAAACCAGAAUCUAAGUUACCGACAGGAGAUGAUAUUGAUCGGUUUAUAAGUGCUGAGAUACCAGAUAAAGACACUGAGCCGUAUUUACAUGAAAUAGUUAGUGAUCUGAUGGUACACGGUCCAUGCGGUGCUGCUAAUAAGAAAAAUGUAUGCAUGCAAGAAGGCAGAUGCACCAAAUUUUUCCCAAAGUCUAAUAGCAAUAUUACAAAAAUUGAUGAUGGUGGUUAUCCAAUUUACAGACGUCGAGAAGAUAACAGGGUGAUCAGGAAGAAAAACUUUGAUUGUGAUAACAGAUAUAUUGUUCCUUAUAACAGCAACCUAUUGAAGCGAUACCGAGCACAUAUUAACGUUGAGUGGUGUAACCAAACAAGAUCAAUUAAGUAUCUUUUCAAAUAUAUAAAUAAGGGAUCAGAUUAUGUUAGAGCUUCAGUUGAGAGUGAAGAUGGUAAAGAAGAAGUAGAGGACGAGGUGAAAAAAUAUUUUAGUUGCAGGUACAUAUUUGCGUGUGAAUCCACUUGGAGGAUUCUUGCUUAUCCUACACAAUAUCGCUCAACGCCGGUGACUAAGCUUUCCUUCCAUCUGCCUGGCCAACAAUUUCUUGUUUAUAAUGAAGAUGAUCCAAUAGAGGAAGUGAUAUCUAAAUGUUCUAUUAGCCAGUCAAAAUUUUUAGCUUGGAUGGAAGCAAACAGAAAAUAUCCAGAGGCACGUGACUUGACAUAUGCUGAUUUCCCUACCAAGUUUGUGUGGGUCUUGAAAACAAAGGAAUGGAGACCACGUGAUAGAGGAUUUGCAAUAGGGAGGAUUACUUAUGUGCCGCCGUCGUAUGUCCAGGCAUAUUAUUUAAGAGUUUUACUCAAUAUAGUAAAGGGUCCAAGAAGCUUCGAGGAGAUCCGAACGGUUAAGGGGAUUGUUUACCCUUCAUUUAGAGAUGCAUGCUAUGCUUUGGGUUUGCUUGAUGAUGAUAAAGAAUAUAUUGAGGCUAUUAAGGAGGCAAGUUUAUGGGGUUCUGGGAAGUUUUUGAGAAGAUUAUUUGCUGUGAUGUUGCUCUCUAACAGCGUUGCAAUGCCAAUCAAUGUAUGGGAGGCAACAUGGAAUAUACUAACAGAGGAUAUUCUUAUAAGGAGAAAAAGAAAAGCAAAGAAUCCAAAUUUCACACUAUCCAGUGACCAGCUGAAGAAUAUUGGUUUGGCUAAGAUAGAGAAAUAUCUGCGUAAGAAUAAUAAUUCUCUGUCUAACUUUGAGAAUGCUCCUGUGCUAGAUGAAGAAGCUAUUGAUAAAGAUAAAAAUCAUCUUAUAUUAGUGGAAAAAAGCUAUGAUCGGGAAAAGUUAAAAGAACUACAUACCAAACUCAUGUCUACUGUGACUGACGAGCAGAAGGGAGUCUAUGAGACAAUCAUUACAGCAGUUGAGAGCGGUGUUGGUGGUAUGUUUUUUCUUUACGGUUUUGGCGGUACCGGUAAAACCUUUUUGUGGAGUCUUUUGGGAGCUGCUCUUCGAUCGAAAGGUUUGAUUGUUCUAAAUGUUGCAUCGAGUGGUAUCGCAUCGUUGUUGUUACAAGGAGGGAGGACAGCUCAUUCUAGAUUUGGGAUACCAAUUGCUGUUAAUGAAUGUACAACUUGCAAUUUCAGUGCGGGAUCGCAUCAAGCAGAACUAAUCAAAGAAGCUAGCCUCAUCAUUUGGGAUGAGGCUCCUAUGAUGAGUAAGCACUGUUUCGAGACACUUGACAGGACUAUGCGUGAUAUUCUUAAAUGUGAUAAGGCCUUUGGAGGUAAAGUUGUUGUCUUGGGGGGAGACUUUAGGCAGAUUUUACCAAUUAUCGUCAAUGGUGGUAGAGAAGAAACUGUUUUAUCUUCCAUAACCUCUUCCUAUCUAUGGCCCAGCUGUAAGGUUUUAGAGCUGACAAAAAAUAUGAGGCUUACAAGAGAUGUUCAUGGCGAUCAGUCGAGGGAAAUUGAAGCUUUCUCUAAAUGGAUUCUCGACAUAGGAAAUGGAAAGAUAAACGAGCCAAAUUCUGGAGAAGUGGAAAUAGAUAUACCUGAUGAUUUACUGAUAACUCAAUGUGAGAACCCCGUGGAGGAGAUUGUAAAAGACGUAUACGGUAUUAGUUUUCCCGACGAGCGCAACCCCAAAUUUUUCCAAGGAAGAGCGAUACUGAGUCCCAGAAAUAUGGACGUUGAUAUAAUUAAUGACUAUAUGUUAUCGCAGCUACCAGGUGACGAGGAAACUUAUCUAAGCUCUGAUAGUAUUGAUACAUCAGACACAAGCAAAAUAGACGAGAUGGUUUAUACUCAGGAGUAUUUGAAUAGCAUUAAGGUUUCAGGAUUGCCUAACCAUGAGCUGAAACUAAAGAUUGGUACUCCUAUCAUGUUGCUUAGAAAUAUUGAUCCUAUUGGUGGUUUAUGUAAUGGAACAAGACUGUUGGUCACUCAAAUGGCCAAACAUGUUAUCCAAGCUAAACUUAUAACAGGAAAUAAUGUUGGUGAGAAAGUCUUGAUACCAAGAAUGUUUGUUUCUCCUCCCGAAGCAAGAUUCCCGUUUAGAAUGAGACGUAGGCAGUUCCCUGUUGCUGUUGCUUUUGCGAUGACGAUAAAUAAAAGUCAAGGCCAGACUUUGCAAAGAGUUGGAUUGUUUUUGCCAAAACCAGUUUUCUCACAUGGUCAGUUGUAUGUUGCAGUUUCCAGGGUAACGUCAAGAGAUGAAUUAAGAAUUUUGAUCACAGAUGAGAAGGGAAUUCCACAGAAGAAAACCUUAAAUGUUGUUUAUAAGGAGAUCUUUCAAAGUGUUGAAUUGUCAGACUGA